AUGGGUACUAAGUUGCAGUUCAGUACCGCUUUUCACCCACAGACUGACGGGCAAUCAGAAAGAACCAUCCAGACUCUGGAGGACAUGUUGAGGUCCUGUGUGUUGCAGCUGAAGGAUGCAUGGGAUGCUCAUCUUGCCUUGAUAGAAUUUGCUUAUAACAACAGUUAUCAUUUUAGUAUUGAGAUGGCUCCAUAUGAGGCGUUGUAUAAGAGGCAGUGUAGGACUCCUAUUUGUUGGAAUGAAGUAGGUGAUAAGAAAUUGGAAAAAGUGGAUAGUAUCCGAGCAACAACCGAGAAGGUGAAGAUGAUAAAAGAGAAGUUGAAAACCGCACAAGACCGACAUAAGAGUUAUGCAGAUAAUAGGUCCAAGGAUCUUGAGUUUGCAGUUAGGGAUUUGGGAAACGCGGGAAGUUAA